AUGACGAGUUAUGGAUAUGGGGGUAGUGGUGCUGGAGGAGGAGGGCAAAGAUUGCCUGGGUCGAGGAGGGAGAAGGUUCGCGGCUUUCUACGUGCAGCAAAUGAAGUCAGGCAGUCAUACCAGGCGCAAAUAGAGCAGCGGUUACAAGCGAGCGAGACUGAUGGAUCAAUGCCGGGAGAUUUUCCUGAUGUGGAAAUUGUCAGGAGUGGGAGAGAGGAGAUGCUUCUUUUCCCCAGCUACGCCAGGCGCCAUAUCAAGCAGAAAUCUAAUCCAGAAGAUUCUGCUCGACAUCAGCCAGGAACCCAUGAGUCUGUUGAAAGUCCUCAUUCUAGUGGUGACGCAGACUUCUGGAAGAGGGAAUGGGAGAAAUAUGAAGAUGUCAAUGCGAUUGUCGAUGUCGAUGUCAGGGGUUGGGUCUACUCGCCACAAAUGGGACCGAUGAGUAGGAAGAAUCGACUUCUGGUGGCUGUGGCAAGAAGGCUGAGUGGUGUCUAUGAUCCCGCUCCCAGUCCUCGUGAAAGUCGGUCGUCUAGUCAGGCACCUUCCAACCGAGACCGCCUUGAGGAUGCCACCACCAGACAUGAGGAUGAAGUUGCUACCCAAGAAGCUGAUAGGAUUGCACAACAUGGAGAAAGAGAAGCAGAUGCUGCAGUUACGGGAAACUACAGCCAGAUUCCUACGAGCAGAUCUGUCAGCCGAGCUGGCUCACCAGUAAGGGCAAGGACAUUCCGUGGAAAUGAGAGCGGAGAUGACGAUCCAGGUCAUAGAUCAAUUGUCAAACGUCAAUCCUGGAAUGAGCCGGCAAACAUGAGUAGAGAUGAGCUGAUUACCGCCAACGAGUUACUCAUGUCGAGGCUGAAGCCGUUCAUGACCAUGCCGAUGGCUAUGACUCCAAUCACCGUCUUCUUCUUCAAUGAUCAGAAGUCUGUAUCAAAAACGGUUACAACUGAUGAAUCCGGUCAUUUCAACCUUCGCGCUGCGCUUGACUUCAUUCCCACUCAGGUAAGAGUUUUGGCCUCGGAAAAUCUGUCCGCCACGGAAGAAGUUAUCAUCACGGAGGGCCGUGGAGUAAGCUUGAUCAGCGAUAUUGAUGACACCAUCAAGCAUUCCGCCAUUGCCAGUGGAGCGAGAGAGAUCUUCAAGAACACCUUCAUCAGGAAUUUGGGCGAUCUGACAAUUCAAGGCGUCAAGGAAUGGUACACGAAAAUGGCCAACCUAGGGGUCCAGAUGCAUUACGUGUCAAAUUCUCCGUGGCAGUUGUAUCCGCUCCUCCGUAGCUAUUUUUCGCUUGCAGGACUUCCACCCGGUUCAUUCCACCUCAAACAAUAUUCUGGAAUGUUACAGGGAAUCUUCGAGCCAGCUGCGGAGCGAAAACGAGGCUCUCUCGAUCGAAUCAUGAGGGAUUUUCCGGAGAGGAAGUUUAUCUUGGUGGGUGACAGUGGCGAAGCGGACUUAGAAGUCUACACUGAUGUUGUCAUCGACCAUCCUGGACGGGUGUUAGGUGUAUUCAUCAGGGAUGUGACGACGGCGGUCAAGAAGGGGUUUUUUGAUCAAUCUGUUUCAAACACGCCUCCAGAUUCGUUGAUCCCCGCGACCGAAGGACAUCGGUUAUCCCGUUCGCCUCGACAACGAAGCUCCGACUCGCCACAAGACCGGCCUUCUCUUCCCGCACGGCCAAACUCAGAUCCCGAAACGAUCACAAAACCUCUAGAUGCUGAGAAGGACCUCAUCGACUUCAGCGAAGAUAUCGACGCGACUCCAACAGCACAGGGUAACGGCAAGCCUUCGCACGUUGAUGAAUUGCGCCACCUGGGAAUGAACGGGAAAGGCCCAGCUCCGAAUAAACCCAACAAACCAUCGAGUCUUAGGAAUUUCUCAUCAACGACAUCACAGUUGGCCACAUCACCUACUAAUCAUGAUAGAAUAUCCGCUUCAGAUACGGAGGGUCAGGAUUCAUUGAACAGGAAGAAAGCCCCACCACCACCACCAAAACCUCGUCGUACAUCCAGAGACGUGGGAUCGAGCAAUAAGACUGACAAUGCUAGAUCUUCAGCUCCUCCUCCACUCUCGCGCGCGCCAUUCUCCUCUCCACUUCAGAAUCAAGCCUCCCAGGUUCAGCAACCCCAACCCCAACAGCAAACUUCAAAUCUUUCCCGUCACCAUAGUUCGGCUUCUGUAAGGUCCUCCCAUGGCCCGGCCCCUCCACCCCCAAUAUCAAGGACGAAUACCUCCGCCAGCACAGUCUCGACCUCAACCUACUCUUCUCGUACCACCAAUUCCGAAUCCCUGGAAGGCUACGUCUCUAUGGCUCGUCGCCAGAUCGCCUCAGCAUACAACGCGCUCCCCGCCAUACGAAGCACCAGCGGUGGACCUUCCGAUCAAGCUGACAUAUCUUCCUCACCAGAGAAUCGUCCCGGCCCACCAGUCCCACCACGCCGAGGCAUCUCCUCAUAUCCAGUCGCAGCAGCGGCAGCAGCAGGUCGCUGGGCAACCGGCGCAACCGGCGGCGAUCCAGCAGCAGGAGGCGAUGCCGGCGCCCUUCCCGGUGCCCCGUAUGAUAAGAAACUCGAAAUCUGGCGGCGCCGCUGGCAAUACGCCGAGGAAGUCAUGCAUGAAAAUGGUGUUGUCUUGAGGUCUUGGAGGGUGGGGUCUGAUGUCAUGGAUGAAGCUGUCAAAUUGGCGUGGAGCGAGCUCGAGAGGCAGGGCUGA